AUGCCUUACUUUUCUGAUCCUAAUAUCGAACAUGCCAUGCCACAGAGGUGGCAAUCAUUGUCGACGACAGCCAUAGCACAUGAAGCCCAGCCCAUAGAUCCAGACAUACUGCAAAUGGUCAACGAGCUCAACAAUGAUCCGAUAGGCAGCCAGCUUCAGCAGCUUGGCAGUCUACCUCAGGAGCUCGGUGUUAUUAGCGGGCCAGUUCGUUUUCAUUCGAUUAUGACACCUUCCACAUUUGAAGAUCAACUACAAAACGAUCAACUACAAAUGUCCUUAUCUCCCAGAAGCUUGAAAUCUCAACCCUCGACGUGGCCUUCCAGCACCAAUGAUUCUUGGUCAUCCGUCUCGCCUGAAGAUGACCGCGGUGAAACCCAGCUAUAUGCUGGGCCAGUACAUCCUUCUCCGUAUCUCAAAGAGCUUUAUCCCGAUGGAUUUAUCUUCUGGGACCCGGCGGACCCUGCGAAGUCUGACAAAAUCCACGAAAAAAUCCUCCUUACCCAGGCCGAACUUGAGCAACAGAGAGAAGACACCGCUGCACUUAAGAGAGCUGGUGGCUCAUGUAUGGUGUGCUAUCGGGCCAAGAAGAAGUGUGGAAUAACUACACCAUGUCCUCCAUGCUCUUCUAAGGGUAAUCGAAUCUGCUUUCGAAGUUGGGGAGAUUUGUGCCUGAUUGGCCCGCCUACGGGGAACUCUCUUACUAUCCUUAGUUUUCCAUCCCAAGAGGCGAAAGAUAAUUUACAACGUAUGAGUGAGGAGGUCUUCAAUCGCAUGAAUGCAUUCAAAGCGGUUGUCAAUAUCCGCGAAACAUAUGGCGGAAACUGCACUGCAUGGCAUUGGACAGUAACGGGGUCCAGUAUCACACUAUCGAGUAAAGCAGAGUGUCCUGUCGAUGAUUUUCUUACUGGGGUUACUAGUGCCCUCCCCCUCGUGGAUCUGGUCAAAUUUGGAGAUCUAUACAAACACAGCGAACUCGUCUGGACUGCACUCGGAAUGGCGAAGCUGUUUAUGGCCAUCCAAGGCCUGGCGGACGCUCGAAUUCGUACGUCCUGGUUUGAAACUACCCCGGGGCGCCUCGUCUUAUUUUAUAUUUUGAUUCUCUCUUUUCGAAAGCUCGCACAAAUGUCCCAGGACUUUUGCCCUGGUUUAUACAUUGCUCUGUGUGGAAAGGCCAAGCAGAACAACAAAAACCGGUCACGGAAAGAAAAUGAGGUCGAUCCCGCUUGGAUCGCGGCGGCAUUAUAUUACCGAGUUGUGUGCGGCUUGCAAGAUCUUCAAAAGAACGCAGCCGUUGCGAGAAUAUUUGGCCCCUUUAUCUGUUAUCUGACUGGCGUUCGCGAAAAACUCGAAGAUAUCCUGCGCCAUGUGUCUCCCAAACACGGGGCUACAGGCAAAUCAUCCUGUAGAGCGAUUCUUGGGGAUGUAGUUCCCAGCUUCCCGUCAUCUCCAGACGUGGAUAUGGCUUUCUGGCUCGCAGACUCCGAGGAAAUGUCGUCUUCUGUUUUUCGCCGGCAAGACAGUCCCUUUUCGCCGCCAGCCUGCAAAAUGCACGCGUUCUUGGCUGAUCAUUUCCCUCGGCCUGGACAUAUGGUGAAUCAUGUUGAGCCGCACGAUGGGGUCUUGCAAUCAUCGGCGACUUCUCACAAUACGAUGAUUACUGAAGAACAUAAUCCCGUUGAUGACUUGCCCUUUAUUGAUCAAAUUGAACCCUUUGACUCGAAUGGUCUGUUGAUGUUCAGCAACGAGUAUGACAAUCCAUUCGACCCGAUGGCUGCGACCUUGGUUGAUACGAUGCCACUCGAUACUCCAAUGCCACUCUAUGGCAAUUUCCGACAAUCCCUGUACAAUUGUUGA